GGCGGCGCUGUUGACGUUUUGCAUUGCACAUCAACAUUUUUGUAUUUAUUUAUAUAUAACUGCUCAAAAUCGAGCUGAGAAGAACAAAAUUUAAAUGGAUUUCGAGGGCGAAAAUACGUACGAGGAUUUCUUUGAUAAGAUGCACAGCAAUGAUGGGACGCGUAAUCUGCGACAGAUUUUCGAGGAUGAUGACAAGCCGCUGCAGAGCGAGAGUAGCAAUCUGCGCUAUCAGCCGCACUCGUCGUCGCAUAAGCAACAACAGGAGAAGCAUAAGACCAAGCCAGUUACAAGUACGGCACGCAAUAAACCGGAGACAAAAUCAUUGGAUAGCUGGAGCACGGUGGUGGCCAAGGUGGCCAACGGCUACAAUGGCAGCGAGAAUAUGGGACGUGUCGGUGUGGCACUAUCUCGCAACGGUGCUGGCGCUGCCAAGCUGGUUAUUUACAAGUCAAGGAAUCAUCUGCUUAGCACAUUGCUGCUGACCAAGUCAAUAAUGUCGUCGGUGCCAAGAGACGGCACAUCGAAUGUGAUAUUACGUGAAUCCUAUAUGCAAUUCUAUGACGACGAGCAGCACUUUUGGAGUCUACGCUUUGAGUUUGCUGCGGAUGAGGAGGAGUUCACAGAGGCGCUGCUUAAUCUCGGCCUGCCCAUUGAGCAAAUGACGAACGAGGAUUCAAAGGUUGUCACCCCGGCAACAUCAACACCAUUGCCACAGUUACAGCCACAACCACAACCACUGCCGCGUCAGAUGCACAAAUCGCCAUUGGCAUCGGCUCGCGAUAAUGAAGCUGUCAGUAGCUAUGACAGCGAAAGCGAAUCAACGCAAUCCACGGAGGAUAACAUAUCGACACAACGUAGCAAGUUGAACACCAAGGCGCUGGUUCCGCUGGGAACGAGCAGUAGCAUCAUUUUGGCAGAUAUGUCACCACAAAAGUCCAGCAACAAGCUGGAAGCUUAUCUAAAUGAACAGCGUGCCACGGGCCAUGCAAUGGAUAAGAAAAUGGACACAAUACUGCAAGCCAUGUGUCGUCUGACCAGUGGCCACAGUGUCCAGUUAAGUGAUGCUGGCGAUUCGACGCCAGGCUCCGCUGCCGAGCAACCGGAUAUUAAGAAAAUGGAUAGUCUAUUACAAGCAAUGGGAAGACUCAACAACAGUAGCAUACAUCAAUUGAGUGAUACAACGAGCACCAUCCAAACAUCGACUGAUAACGAGGAUGAGCUGCUCGAACUCGAGCAAAAGUUGCUGGACUUUAAAAAACAAAAUCGGAUUCUAAUCAAGAGUCUGAAGGCCAGGGAGCAGGCACUUGCCGAACUGCGUGCAUCCACGUGUGCUUUGUGCGAACAGUUGUUGUCCCAGAACAACGAUCUCAAGAACCAGAAUGCAGCACUGAUGACAGCGAUGACUGCCCAGGUGAAUGGUGGUGAUAACAGUGCCGCCUCCUUAACUGCGACCAGUUGCACCAAUUGUGACAAAUACGUGUGCAAGAUCAGCUCACUGGAGAGACGUGUCUCCAUAUUGCAAAGUGCUCUGCUUAAUUUCCCAAACCUGGACAGUAAAGUCACCUCCACUGCAUCUGCAUCAGCAGGUGCAUCUGCCAAGACAGGAUCGCCACCUUUGUGUUAACAACAAUUUUGUAUUAUAUAUCUACACAUACAGUAUAUGUUAUAUGUAUGCGUAUUGUAUUAGUUAUGUAUUAAUUAGUUAUUCGUUAUUGUAUGUACAUAAUCAGAUGUUAAAUGCUAAAUUAUCAUAGUUAUAUA